AUGCAGCAACCACACAAGCACAAGUCGAGUAAAGCCUCUAUCCCUCGCCCUCCUUGUGAUUGGCUCAUUCCCGAUCGGUAUGAAGUCCGCCAUUUGAUUGGGGCCGGAUCGUACGGACAUGUUUGCGAAGCGUACGACCGUCAAGAAAGGAAGGUGGUUGCAAUCAAAAAGAUCCAGAGGGUCUUCGAGGAUCUGAUCGACUGCAAACGGAUUCUUCGCGAGAUUGCGAUCUUAAACCGGUUAAAGCACGAUAAUAUCGUCAGAACACUCGAUAUUUGCGUCCCUCAUGAUCUAGACAAGUUUGAUGAAUUGUACCUCGUUUUGGAAAUCGCGGACUCCGACUUCAAAAAAUUAUUCAAAACUCCAGUUUUUCUUUCUGAGCUUCAUAUCAAGACGCUUUUAUACAAUUUACUGGUCGGAGUGAAGUAUACUCACACAGCAGGAAUCUAUCACAGAGAUUUAAAACCAGCGAAUUGUUUGGUCAAUCAAGACUGUUCAGUCAAGAUUUGUGAUUUUGGAUUGGCAAGAACAAUCGACACUCCAGCAAAUUCUUCGACGCUUCCGAAUGAUGAGAAUGAAGCUCAAGUUGGAAAAAAUAUGAAACGUCAACUGACGGGACACGUCGUGACGCGUUGGUAUCGCGCUCCAGAGCUCAUUCUUUUACAAGAGAAGUAUACAGAGGCAAUUGAUGUUUGGUCGGUUGGAUGCAUUUUCGCUGAGCUUCUGGGAAUGAUGAAGGAAAACAUGUCGUCCCAUAUUGACAGAGCACCGAUAUUUCCAGGAAAUUCCUGCUUUCCUUUAUCACCCGAUCAGAAGCACGCUUCAGAUUACAGAUUUUAUACUCGGGGUAAUCGUGAUCAACUUAAUAUGAUCUUCAACAUUCUGGGAACUCCAAGUGAAGAAGACAUUCAAUGUUUGGAGAAGGAAGACGCGAAAAAGUACAUCGGUAUUUUUCCACCACGGGAUGGUAUUGAUCUCUCAACGAAGUUCCCUGGAGCUUCAUUGGAGGCCGUUAAUCUGUUGAAGCGCAUGCUUGUGUUUAAUCCUACAAAACGCAUCACAGUGGAUCAAGCACUGAGUUCCCCGCUGUUCAAGGACAUUCGUAAGGCGUCUCUCGAAACUACAGCGCCCCACAAAGUGAAGUUGCCCUUUGAUGAUUGGAAAGCGAUGACUGAGCACCAGCUUCGAUACGCUUUUCUCAAAGAGGUUCAGAGGUUCCACUCAACAGUUGUGAUUCCACCGUCGCUCGAAGUGGCUAAUCGUUAA